AUGUCAACAACCCACCCGCGCACGGAUGACUUCCUAAGUCUACUCUCACACUGGCAUGUCCACAAGGCCGAAUCAACAUUUCUCAAGCGCUUCAGUAUGCGGUGCCUGGAAGUCGUCGCGCUGGCGGUAGUUAUGCUCUUUGUUCCACUUACGAUGCAUCACGUUGUCCAAGGCUUGGAUGAAAUCUACGACCUAUUGGGUCGAAGAGCACGAUCACCGUACGCGGUAGCCUCAUGGACGAGCAUCGCUCUAGCCGCCGUCAUGCUACUAGGCUGGCAUGUAUGGCUUGGUCGAUUGAGUUACAGAACGAUUCUAGAAGCAGCAUCGAUACCGAUGGAGGAUGCAACCAUUACACCUGCAGAAGGACAAGUAUUCGAAGAGAGAAAGUCGCAACAGAUACGGAUUUCAUGGGGUCGUGUACUGAGUCGUAUCGUCAUACCUUGUCUAUUCCUAAUAUUGGGUUCGCACUUCAUCCUCCAAAUCAUCACACGUAUCAGGGAUCCGAGACCACGUGUUACACUCAAUACAGUCGACAUGCAAGACGCUAUAGGGCAGUUGUAUGGGUUCCGAUGA